UGAUUGGUGAAUGUGACGUAUUUUCAAAUGUUAAUUAGGUGGAUAGAAUAGUGUGAUCGAGUGCGAUCGUGUGUGAUAGAGCGCUAUGAGUUCAUACCAAAAAAGGAAGAAACCAAAUUUUUACAGCUCACAGAAACCAAGAAAGAAAAGGGAAUUUGUAUUAAAACCAGGUCUCAAAGGUUUUCUGUGCACAUGCAACAACAGGGAAAGAGAUUGUAUCAGAGAAUCCUACAAUAUACUGAAUGAAUAUGCUGACAGAUUAUAUGGUGAAGACAAGGCAAGUGUUGAUGCAGCUUCUGCCUCAGCUGACCCACAUACCCCAGAAAAUGCAUCUGAAGAUGAAGAUAUCCAGACUGCAUUGAAUAAGGAAUUAGAGUCACUUAGAGCUGAGAGGAAGAAGCUACCAAGCACACGCCGAUUUCAAGCAAUUGAUUCUGGAGCAAACAAUUGCAUAUUCAUCCAAACAACAUUGCCAGAACCUGUUGAACUCGUGUAUCACAUUAUGAAAGAUCUGGAGGCUACAAAGAAACAGAAAACACGUUUCUUGCUGCGCUUACUACCGAUAGAGUCUACCUGUAAGGCAUAUGUGGAAGACAUACGUCAGGCAGCUGAUUCUGUAUUUGACAAAUAUUUCUCAAAAGAAGGGAAGACAUUUGCUGUUCUGUUCAAUCGUCGUAACAGUAGUGGCGUGAAUCGUGAUGAGCUGAUUCGUGACUUGGCAGACAUGAUAGUGAGGAGACAUCCUGAGAACCGAGUAGAUCUGAAGCACCCUCAGUUGGCCGUUAUUGUGGAGGUGAUCCGUAACAUGUGCUGCUUGUCCGUCCUUCCGGAAUUUUUUGAGCUGCGGAAAUACAACUUCCUAGAACUAUGUGCUCCAGAGGGAGGAAUUAAGGUAGUAGACAGGGUUUCUGAAAGGAAGGGUGCAGGAAAGAGUGGUGAGAUUGAGGAGGAAAUUCUAGUGACCAAAGAGAGUGGCCAGGCACAGGGCGUAGGAACAGGACCAGAUAAUGAAAAAGGAUGUAACAGUAAAACUGUAGCUCCUACUUUGAAGGAUGAAGCUAAAGAGAUAAAAGAAAGAAGCGAUGCAGAUGAUGUAAAGAUAGAACCUGAGGGAGAGAAUAUUGAGGAGGAAACAGGGGAAACAGGUACUGAUAACGUACCAGAAACUCCUGCCAAAGCAGAGGUGUAAGGUAUUUGGUUCUGCUUAGCAGGACAGUAUAAAAUACCUUGACAAGGCUGUGUUAAAAAAAAUAAAACAGUGUCACUUUGUUUCAUGUUUCAUAAUUUCAUUUAUGAAAAACAAUGUUUUUAUUAUUUUUUUUUUCCUUAUAUCUUUGUUUCUUGUUGGUCUCAAUGUUUUCCACCCUCUCAGGAACAAACCAUUUCUGUUUGAUGUUAACCAGCUGAAAAAGGUGUUCAAUUAUGUCAUAGCUGUGCUGAUGUUAUGUUACAUCAUGUCUAUUCUGUGUUCAUUUCUUUAAACAUGCUUGAGGAUCAUGAUAUGGAAAGUUGAUAUCGAUUGUCUUUUUACAUAUUCUUGCUGUAUUUGACGUUCAUAUAGACAAAUUUUGUGUUCUGGAACUCUGUUUUCUCACCCAUUUUUGUAGAGUAGUCAGUCAUACUUUAUUGCAGUACUUGCUUCAAAAUAAAAGUUACUGAUCCGUUAA